CGCAGGCACUCAUUCUCCGCUGUACGUCUGGAGGCGGUAGUUGUGAGUGCUCUGAAUGGUGCCAUACGGAAGAAAACGGAACAGUAAAACUAGGACGAAAUAAAAAAAACUAAUGGGAACAUUGACAGAAACACCCUAGCCUCUCACUGAAGAUAAUGGGCACUGUUGGCAUUCUUUAUUUGUUGAAAACGGAAAUUCUCGCCAUAUUUUUGAGGUGGCGGGUGUGCUGUACGGCGAGCUCAACAUGGCGCUGCAAUGCAUAACCAGACUGAAUUAGUUUAUUGUUUAUUGAGACCUACGACCGUUGUUGCCACCUGUGCUCCUUGAAACGUUCACGACACCGAUUUACUUGGUGUCUUUUUACUAAUGGAUAUAUUCACUGGGGGCAGAAACGUAGCCUAUCACGGCGACUCCGUGGAUCUGUUCGUUCAUUGUCGCCGACUCGUCAUUCCCGGAUUUUUACCAACUGGAAAUGUAUAAAGACUAAGGAUGUUUUCGUAGUCUAAUCUUACCUACAUGUCAUUUAACAAGCACAACAUUGUCACCCCUAUUUGCUGUCAAGUUAAAUUACAAAAGUGAUAUUAACCCCCGACGCACGAACUCUCGUUGGGUCGUUUUGACUGACUCGUGGAGCCUAGAGAACACUGCCAAAAAGUUCCAACUGGACAUUUUGCGUUUUGGCCAAGAACAAUAGAAUUUAGAGAAAUUAUUCUGGAAUUUCUAUCAGGAUUGUACCAGUGAGGGAUGGUGGGAGGCAGACUACCCAUGUGGAUCUAACCAUCCAGGAACCACCACAUCACACAAAGCAUGGUGGAUGCGAGUGCUGCUUGCAGAAUGAACCCGCUAGCUGCCCUGGGCAUGGACCGUAGCAGCCUGAUGAGGGAGAGCCUCCGCGUCCACGGAGGGAUGGUCUACCCGGGAAUCCGCACCUUGUCCGCCUCCGAAAAAGCCAGGGAGGGGGUCUCCUCCUUGCCCCUGGGCUACGACCUAGUCUACAAACCCGAAGGGUUGACCUUGGACGGCAGGAAGCCUGGUAACGGUUAUGUGGGUCUGUAUAAGAGCUCUCCCCCUGGGUUGCAGAGGCCUGGUGGAGGAGGGGAGGGCCUGGGAAUGGAGCGGCGUGUGGGGCCUGGAGAUAAACCCUCUGAGCUGGGCCUCAACGGCAACAACGGCUUCCUGCGACUUCCCUGGGCAGUAAACCCGUACGCGGACCCCGGACUGUACCCCUUCCUGGACUCCUCCAAAUACGCAGCCCUCAACAUGUACAAGGCCUCGUUCCUGUCCCAGCCCUCACCCUACCUGCCCCAGCACCUGGCCUACCAGUCCCUGUGUGGAGGGGCGGGGGGUAGCGCUGCUGGGGCAGAGCGCCUCUUCUACAUGCCCCCGUACCCCCCGGCCCCCAUCUCCUCCCCCCUGGCCCCUCCUAUGAGGAUCCCCAUGGCCACGGUGGUCCCCAACACCCUCUCACCGAUGCAGGGUCUGGGGCCCCGGAUUCACCAUGAGGCCUCCCCUAUGGGUCCCAGCUUCACCCAGCACCAGGCCCACCAGCAGUCCCAACCCCAUCACCAGUCACAUAGUGACAGGCAGCCCCAGUCCCAACCCCAUCACCAGUCACAUAGUGACAGGCAGCCCCAGUCCCAACCCCAUCACCAGUCACAUAGUGACAGGCAGCCCCAGUCCCAACCCCAUCACCAGUCACAUAGUGACAGGCAGCCCCAGUCCCAACCCCAUCACCAGUCACAUAGUGACAGGCAGCCCCAGUCCCAACCCCAUCACCAGUCACAUAGUGACAGGCAGCCCCAGUCCCAACCCCAUCACCAGUCACACAGUGACAGGCAGCCCCAGUCCCAACCCCAGUCACAUAGUGACAGGCAGUCCCAGUCCCAACCCCAUCACCAGUCACACAGUAGAGACAGGCAGCCCCAGUCCCAUAGUGACAGGCAGCACAACAACAGCAGCAGUAGUAAGCUCAGCCGGACUUCCUCUAGUAAGAGCUCUGGAAGCAGCAGCAUUCACAACAGUAGCAGUAUUACCAGUAGUAGUGCUGGGACUGGCAUUAGCAGCAGCCUACCAGUGGACUCCACCCAAGCACUUAUAAUGCAGUCCCCCCGCACAGCCCCCCACCCUCCCCAGACCUCAGUCCCUCCCCCCUCUCCUCUCAUAGACAACAGCACUUUGGACAUCCAGAAGUCACUGUUCAGAAGCCCUCCCUGCUCCUCCACCACCACCACCUCUUCCUCCCUGUCGGUGUCCCAUCCUUUCUACAUGAGCAGCAUGUCCUCUGAGCACCGCUCCCCGGUGCGGUCCGGCAGCAACACCCACAAAGCCAAAGAGCAGGGCAGCAGCUCAGAGCACAGGAAUGUGGAGAGGAAUGGGGAAAGGAAGCGGAGCCAGUCCCCUUUAAAGACUUUGUCCUCUGAUAGACCAGCAGUACUACAGGCUCCUGCCAAAGACCCUGCGGACAAGCCUCUGGAUCUGUCAGCCAAAAUCCUGGAGUUGGAAGGCUCCCCCAACGGAUUCCCCCCAAAACUAGAGGCCUUGGCUAAGCUGGGCUACUCGCCCGCGGCUCGAUACGGCUUACCCCCCAGCCGGGAGCUCCUCAAAGAGACCCUCUCCCCGUCAGGGGCUUCCUCCAAAACCUCUGAGAGGCCUGAGAUCAUUAGCACUUUACGCUCCUCCUGGGUGGUGCCCAGCCCGACCCCGGUCCACGACAGCUCCAGCUCAGACGCCAACCACAACAAAGACCCCUCCGUCAUCAAACAUAAAAACCUGGAGAACUUGUCUUCGCCGCAGCAGCGAAGCUCUUCCUGUCCCAGGAUAGGUGAGGUCGAUGGGGCUGUCGCCCCCAGCCAUGCCCCAGCUGUGCUAGCCCCUUCUGGGAGCCGACCGUCCUCUGCCUCCCCCUCUCCCAAGGUCAACGGUGAUUGGCUAAGAUCCUCCCCCAACUACUCUGAGACAGCCCCCUCUUCCAACAGAGUGGGCAGCCAUCCCUCUUCUGGGAAACCCCUGAAGAAACCAGAGGCUCAGGAGAUGCCCUUCAAACCCCAGCAGCCGCCCCACUUAGACAACAGCCAUCCAUCCGGCCACCCCCCCAGCCACCUCUACCUUCCCCAGAGUGACGGCUAUCUGCCCCCUAGCCUAGCUUACGCUAACAGAUACCUGCCCUACUCGGUCCAGGAGAGCAUGUCCCUGCCCCACAUGUCCAUGCCAGGCAAAGGCCCACUGUACCCCCACCCUGUUCUGCUGGGCAGCAGCAGCCUGUACCCACCCCCUGCCCCCAAGCAUGGCCUCCCAUACGGCAUCCCCCAGUCACGGGACUACCUGACCUUCCAUGACUCCCAGGAGAUGGUCCACCCCCUCAUGUCCUCCCCCCACACAAGCCUGGGCCUCAAGACCAGCGAGCGCCUGCAGGAGCUCAGGUCCAGGCCCAAGGAGAAGAUUUGGCAGCAACACGAGGGCUCUGCCCCGGCCUACAAGACCCAGGCCCCAGACACUAAACACACCCGCAGGGGGGACAGAGAGACCGACAGGUCCACAGGCCUGGGCUCAAAGAGCCUCAACCACAAGCCCCUGACGGGAGCUAGAGAGGAGAUAGUCUGUAUCGACUUAAUCCAAGACGAUGGGGACAGCGACUCUCCCCUGACCAAAGCUGUCUCUCCAUGCGCUAAGAGAGGAGACCCUUCCAAACCUGUGGGUAGUGGGAGUAUCGGGAGAAACGAGGGGAGAGAGGCAGAGCUCCAGCACAUGCUCCGUACCGGCCAGGCUGUUGAACUCAGGCCAGGCCAGGCCCACAGGCAGGCAGACCAGCAGCAACGCAGCCAGCUGUGGCUGGGCUUCCACCCUUCCUCCCUCCGUCCUGAGCCCCCCUCCCUCUCCCCCUGCCCUUUCCCCAGACAUGAGGAGGACAGCCCCAGCCCUGCAGAAAGCAGCCCCAUCUCUGACCUGCCAGAGGAGCAGACCCUUCGCUGCGCAAGGACUUCUGGAGACCGCACCUCUUGGGACCGUAGAGACCAAUCUUUAGAGGGCCUUAAGAGCAGGGACUGUACUUUUGAGGACCACACCUCUGUGGACCGCAGUUUCUGGGACCACACGCAUGAGGACUGUACUUUUAAGGACCGCAGCUCUUGGGACCGUACACGUGUGGAUCUUACAUGUAGGGUCCGCUCUUGCGAGGACCGCACCUCCGCAGACCACUCUCCUAGGGAACGCACCUUGAACGAAUCUGGGUUUAGGAAUGAAAGGACCAUGGACCACUACUCGGACCUGGACAAGGACAUGCACACGGACACAGAGUCCCACGAGGGUGAGGAGUACGACGACCAAGGCUGCCCCAGGGCCAGGAGGUCCAGCCUGGCCAAGCGCAUCGCUAACUCCUCUGGCUACGUUGGUGACCGCAUCAAGUGUGUCACCACCGAGCUGUACGCCGACUCCAGCAAGCUAAGCAGAGAGCAGCGGGCACUGCAGAUGGAAGGCUUAACACAAGAGGACAGUAAAUUAAGUCAACCUGCUGCUUACUGUGAGCGUGCUAUGCUGCGCUUCUCUGAGCUGGAACUGAAGGAGAAGGAGGGAGGAGGGGCGGCGGUGGACUUGGCAGACAGCCAGCGCGAGCGGAGAGAGGGGGAUGGAGAUGGAGGAGAGGACAGGGCGCGUUGCCAAGGCCCAGCCAGAACGGGGCCAGGGGCCUCAGCCCUCACAGACGAGGCUGAGAAGGACGGUGUGCAGCUGGCGUGCCCCAACAACAGAGUGCCUGUUCUCCAGCGAUGCCCACACACCGAGGGCCUCCCUCCCAGAGAGAGGGAGCACGCUGGCCCCAACCUGGAGGAGAGGAAGAGGGGGAUGAUGUUGGAGAAAGAGGAGAGGGUGUGUGUGCUCCCACGGGAGCGGUCUGCCAGCCUGCCCACGGCCCCAGUGGAAAGGCUGGCCCAGAAGGAUGCCAACCCUGGCAUCAUGCCCACCAUGCCAGCCUCCAUGCCUACAACGGUGCCUGGCAGGAAACAUGCAUAUGCCCUGGAACCGUGCCAGCCACUCCAGGCCGACAGCCAGGGGAAAGAGCGGGAGGAAAAUGAGAGAGAAGAGGAGAAGGAGGAGACGAUGGAUGUUCCAGCCAAAAGAGCCAGACUAACCAACGGCCCCACUGAGCCCGUCCCAGAGGAACUAAAGAACCUCAAGGUGUGUAUCGAGCUGACCGGCCUCCGACUCAGCAAGCCCCGCCUCGCCCAGGAGCUCAGCCAAUGGCAGGCCGCCACCCAGAGGUCGACAGAGGUCAACGGAAGCAUGGCCAUGACGACGACCCUGCCCAACGGGUGCCCCGAGGUUGGCGUCACAGACAGGAAGGUUGCCUCACAGGAAGACCGGAGCCUGAAACGCAGGUCAGAGGUCAACGGCCACGCCUGGUGCCAUGAAACGUUUGGUCACGGCGACAUCGAGCGAGUGGUGCUGCCGUCUGUUCCUCUGACCCCAGCGCAUCGGGACCGCCUCUACCGGACGCCGUCCACCACCCCUGUCAGAAAACCAACCCUGCAGACCACCUCCCCUGCCCUCACCCCCUUUCACUCCCUGGCCCCUGCACACCCCCACAUCACCCUCACCCCCAGCCCUCCACGGCUGUCAGACAAGAGACAGAGGCUAAAAGAACACCGCAGGACCAGCGCUUUGGGACUGGGACCCACCGGCCCUCACCCCGACCAUGACCCUAACCCAACGGGGGACCUGGUGGCCCCCAGACUCCGUUGGCACGGCGACCAGGACAAGCCCAAGGGCAAGCGGCAGUGCAAGACUAAACACACCAGCCAGAGGGAGAGAGAGAAGCUGGGGAUUGAAGAACUGAGGGAAGAGAGGGAGAGAGAGAAGCUGGGGAUUGAAGAACUGAGGGAAGAGAGGGAGAGAGAGAGGCUGGGGAUUGAAGAACUGAGGGAAGAGAGGGAGAAUAAGCAGGUCAAGGAAAAGCGAUGCAGCGAGAAGCGGAGGAGGUCUUCAUCCCUGUCGGAUUACUCCCACUCCUCCCCCGCCCCCCCUCUCACCCCGCCACCCCAGCUCAGCCCUCUCCCCAGCCCUACAGAGACCCAGGACCGCACACCAACCCCCUCCAACCCCCCGGUGCCCACCUCUACCCCUGCCAGCCGACCCAUGCCUCCCGAGGCCCGCAGGCUCAUCGUCAACAAGAACGCAGGAGAGACCCUGCUCCAGAGGGCUUCCCGCCUAGGAUACGAGGAUGUAGUGCUGUACUGCCUGGAGAACAGGUGUGUGACGUCAAUCACCGUGACAACGCGGGCUACUGUGCGCUGCACGAGGCAUGUGCACGUGGCUGGCUUGCUAUCACUCAGCACCUGCUGGAGCACGGUGCCGGCGUCAACUGUAGCGCCCAGGAAGGCACCAGGCCCCUCCAUGACGCGGUGGAGAAUGACCAUCUGGAAGUGGUCCGUCUGCUGCUGUCCUACGGAGCUGACCCAACCCUGGCUACGUACUCUGGCCGCAGCCUCCUCCGCAUGACA